UGGCGCCGAUUUUUAAGUUUGGAGUGAGAGCUCACGCGCGGAGGCGAGUCGUCCAAGCGCGAGUAAAGGAGUCGUAUUAUUUUUUUCUGUCUCGUGUCGGAUUUACCGCCUUUGAUUUGGAACACAGGACCUGUUUCGAGAUGUAUAUAAAGUCUAUCAUUUUGGAGGGCUUUAAGUCGUAUGCGGAGAGGACGGAAAUUAACGGCUUCGACCCGCUGUUUAACGCCAUCACCGGCCUGAACGGCAGCGGGAAGUCCAACAUCCUCGACUCGAUCUGUUUCCUCCUCGGAAUUUCCAACUUAUCACAGGUGAGAGCAUCAAAUCUCCAAGACCUGGUCUACAAAAAUGGACUCGCCGGCAUCACUAAAGCCACUGUGUCCAUCACUUUCGACAACUCGAACAAGAAACAGAGCCCGCUGGGGUUUGAGACCCACGAUGAGAUCACCAUCACUAGACAAGUUGUUAUAGGUGGGCGGAAUAAGUACCUCAUUAACGGUGUGAACGCAAACAACAUGCGUGUCCAGGAUCUCUUCUGCUCUGUUGGGCUGAAUGUCAACAAUCCACACUUUCUUAUUAUGCAGGGAAGAAUAACCAAAGUCCUAAAUAUGAAACCCCCUGAGAUUCUGGCCAUGAUUGAAGAGGCUGCUGGUACCAGGAUGUACGAGUGCAAGAAGAUCAGCGCUCAGAAAACCAUUGAGAAGAAAGAUGCAAAACUGAAAGAGAUUCAAACGAUUCUGGAUGAGGAGAUCACCCCUGCUAUGGAGAAACUCAAAGAGGAGCGUGCUUCCUACCUGGAGUACCAGAAGCUGAUGCGGGAGAUUGAGCACCUGAGCCGGCUCUACGUAGCGUGGCAGUUCGUGUGCGCCGAAGAGACCAAGCUGAAGUCGGCCGGGGACCUGCAGCUGAUGCAGAGCUCCAUCAGCGAGCUCCAGAGCAGCAUGCAGAAGAACGCAGACCGCAUCCGUGAGCUCAGCGAAGAGAUUAAAGUGCUGGAGAAGAGCAGGGACAAGGAGGUGGCAGGUGUUCUGAAGGCUCUGGAGGAGACUCUGGCUGAGGCGCAGCGAGUGGACACGAAAGCUCAGAGUGCUCUCGAUCUGAAGAAGCAAAACCUUAAGGAUGAAACUAAGAAGAGAAAAGAACUUGUUAAAAGCAUGGAGGAGGACAAGAAGGUGUUGUCGGCAAAAGAAGGCGAGGUUGUGAAGAUGAUGGAGCGACUCAGCGCUGUGAAGGAGGAGGGCCAGAAGGACGCAGAGGAACUGGAGGCGGCCCAGCAGCACUUCAAGGCCGUGUCCGCCGGGCUCUCGGCUAACGAGGACGGUGAGGCGGCGACGCUGGCAGGUCAGAUGGUGACCUGCAAAAAUGAUAUGAGCAAAGCGGAGACAGAGGCUAAGCAGGCACAAAUGAAGCUGAAGCAUGCUCAGCAAGAACUGAAAAGCAAGCAGGCUCAGGUGAAGAAGAUGGACAGCGGGUAUAAAAAAGACCAGGACGCCUUUGAGGCUGUGCAGAAGUGCAAAGACAAACUACAGGCCGAACUCAAUAAACUCAAUUACGAAGACGGCCGGGAGGAGCAUCUGAUUGAGCAGAAAAGGCAGCUAUUUCGUGAAGUCAACCACAUGCGUGAAAAAUACGAGUCCUUCAUGGGGCAGUUCCCUAACCUGCGCUUCGAAUACGCAGACCCAGAUAAGAACUGGGACCGCAAUAAAGUCAAGGGUCUGGUUGCAAACCUCUUUACUGUGACUGAUGUGUGUAACGCGACGGCUCUGGAAGUGGUGGCAGGAGGUCGACUCUAUAAUGUAGUGGUGGACACUGAGGUAACUGGAAAGAAACUUCUGGAAAAGGGUGAACUGAAGCGCAGAUACACCAUCAUCCCGCUGAACAAGAUUUCUGCACGAACCAUUGACGAUGGAGUAGUCCGCACUGCAAAAAAACUAGUGGGCGAGGAUAACGUACACACAGCUCUGUCGUUGGUGGGGUACGAGUCUGAGUUGCGUAAGGCCAUGGAGUACGUUUUCGGCACCACGCUGGUGUGCGAUACUCUGGACAACGCCAAGAAAGUUGCCUUUGAUAAAGGUGUCAGCACCAAAACGGUCACACUCGGUGGAGACGUGUUUGAUCCACAGGGAACUUUGACUGGCGGUGCUCGGGCUCAGACGGCCUCUGUGCUUUCAAAGCUGGCUGAAGUAAAAGAUGUACAGGACCGUUUAAGGGCCAAGGAGGCAGAGCUCACUGCUGUGGAAAAGGAACUUAGCAGCCUCAAGGGAACUGCUGAAAAGUAUCGUAACCUGAAGCAGCAGCUGGACCUGAAAACUGAAGAAGCUCAGAUACUGGAAACAAAACUCCAGCAAAGCUCUUUUCAUAAACAACAGGAAGAGCUCGAGAACCUCCGCAAAACCAUUGAGGAAAGCGAGGAGACACUAAAGACGACGAAGGAGGUGCAGAAAAAGGCAGAGGAAAAGUACAAAGUCUUGGAGAACAAGAUGAAGAACGCGGAGGCCGAGAGAGAGAAAGAGCUGAAAGCAGCGCAGCAGAAACUCAACCAGGCAAAAAGCAAAGCGGACGCCUUCAACAAGAGGCUCAAGGAGAGACAACAGGAGGCUGACGCUGUGGCGUUGGAGCUUGAGGAGCUGAAGCGGGAGCAGGCGGGCUAUGAGCAGCAGAUUCAGGCUGUGGACGAGGCACUGAAAGCCCUACAGGAACAGAUCAGUGCAAUGACCACGGAGGUGGCAGCCAAUAAGGAUGCAGUGCGGCAGGCGCAGGAGCAGCUGACCCAGCAGAAAGAGGUGAUCCUGGCCCAGGAGAGAGAGAUCAAAGGGAAGAGCGAGGAGGCGAACCGCUUAAGAGAACACAACAACGAUGCUCAGCUCAAAAUCAAAGAGCUGGAACACAACAUCAGCAAGCACAAGAAGGACAGUGCAGAUGCUGCUGCCAGGGUGACCCGCAUGCUGGCUGAGAACGACUGGAUCUCAUCGGAGCGGCAUCUUUUCGGCCAGGCCAACUCCGCAUACGACUUUAAGGUGAACAACCCUAAAGAAGCCGGCCAGAGACUAAAAAGACUCGAGGAGACCAAAGACAAGCUGGAGAGAAACAUCAACCGCAGAGCCAUGAACAUGCUCAGUGAGGCUGAAGAAAGGUAUAACGAUCUGAAAAAGAAGAAGAGGAUUGUUGAGAACGAUAAAGCAAAGAUCCUGGAGACGAUUAAGGAGCUGGACCAGAAGAAGAACGAGGCGCUAAACGUGGCAUGGCAGAAGGUGAAUAAGGAUUUCGGCUCCAUCUUCUCCACUCUGUUGCCUGGCGCCGAUGCUCGUCUGGCCCCGCCCGAGGGCUGCGGCGUCCUGGACGGCCUAGAGUUUAAGGUUGCUCUUGGAAACACGUGGAAGGACAAUUUGACAGAACUGAGUGGAGGCCAAAGGUCUCUGGUGGCACUUUCUUUGAUUUUGGCCAUGCUGCUUUUUAAACCUGCUCCGAUCUACAUCCUAGACGAAGUGGACGCUGCUCUCGACCUCUCGCACACGCAGAACAUCGGCCAGAUGCUGCGCACACACUUCACACACUCUCAGUUUGUGGUCGUGUCUCUAAAAGACGGCAUGUUCACCAACGCCAACGUUCUCUAUAAGACCAAGUUUGUGGACGGUAUUUCUACAGUGACGCGCACGGCUCAGACACACGAGGGGAAAGUCCUGGCCCAGCGCUCGCAUGACAAAGCCAAGACCAAGGAUAAACGCCAGCGUGAGAUCCUCGCCAACUAAAUUCACAGGAUGAUGAGGAUAAUCUUUAUUAAUUUAGCCUCUUUAUUCUAAAUGCAUAUACAGAUUUUUUUUUUUUUUUUUAGAAACGAUUAGUAUAUUGGCUUUUAGUCUAUUCAGGAUAUUUUGAGCUGUGUUUUUGACUUGAUGUGAAGGCUUUCGAACAGUAAAUCAUGGUAGACCUUAUACAGUACUUUGCUAUUACCAGGUCUUGAGCGUUAUCCUGCAUUUUGUACAGAAUGUUUAUAUUUUCUAUCCUGCAUUUUAUUUCCUCUAUACUGCCUUCUUUCAAAAGAUGUUCUAUCCUGCUUUCUCCUCUACACUUUCUACUUCCCCAUGAUGUAUUUCAUUCCUUAUAUCUUGUUUGGUUUAGCUUUUUUCAAUAAACAUGUGCAAUUGA